GUAGUAUUUUCGGCCCACCAAGAGACAUCUCCUUCCUCCUACAAAGAAGACGAUAGCACAGCCUACUUACCUCCUCAUAACCCCCGAAUACACCCCUUCCCCGUGUGAACACCCCAUUCCACGCCCCCUGUUCCAACAUGUAAUCUCUCAGUAUACGCGCCAACACUGUAAACGCUCACCUUAACAAGGUAUCCUGCCUACCCAAAGUAUCAUGUCCACUCCACCCUGCGUCCGCUCGUCCUGCACCGCAGCCCACUCAGCACGGCCAUCCACCACAUCCCGCUGUCCGCGACGACACAGAACAGUGGCGCAGGGAGUGAGCGGGUUCGGCUGCGUGCUAGUACAUUUCGACCUCUCUGCACCUCACCUUCUACACUCCGCUCGGAACAUCGUUUCAAAGAAGUCGUUGCGUGUGCGGCUGGUUCCGUGGGAUGAGAAAGGUCCAGCCGUUGAGUGGCGCUUUACAUGGAUGGGGCUUUGAGAGAAAGAGCAUGAGCGGAACAACGGCGCAGAUGCAACUAGUUAGAUAGCAA